CGGUGAUGCGGCGGCGGAGGGGCCGGCCCUUCCUGCAACAGCUGAGGCGGAUCUACAGCCUGAUUACGGCUCACAGCGGACUCCAACAUAAUUGAUGACCUAAUUGAAAAGCAGGAGGAGGAGAGAGAAAGAGAAGGAGGAGGGGGGCUCACUCACGGACAGGAGGAGAGAGAGACGCGCUCCAAUGAGAAAAGUUUACUUGUUCUUCCCCCGCACAGUCCCGCAGCUGAGGGCAUUGAUGUGAGCUCAGAGGCUUCGAGUUUUUUACGCGCACUUCUUUCCCCCCAUCUUUCACCCUCACACACGGAGCACAAAUCCACCUUCUCACCUUUAGUUUAGCGCGUCUGUCAUUCCUUCCCUUUCCUUUUCCUCCCUUUUAUGAAUGAUUCUCUCUCGCAAUACUUCUUCAAAGAUAUCCACGGAUACCUCCUCUCCGCCGCCGUCCUCGUCCGCACGACCUCACCUCGGCACAUCUUCUCUCGUCAAGUUCAAACGCCACCAGGACUUUCACUGCAGCUUCAGACGCACUUGGGGAAAAUAUCACUCGACGAGGAAACUCCUGAUACUUUCCGAAGCAGCAGCAGCAGCUGAGGCGACCGUCAACAUGAGUCUCAAAGCUGACGCAGAGCCCAACAACAACGUGUCCAUCGAAGAGGAGGUACGAACGCUGUUUGUCAGCGGCCUGCCCGUCGAUAUCAAACCUCGGGAACUCUACCUUCUCUUCAGACCCUUUAAGGGUUAUGAAGGGUCACUGAUUAAGUUAACAUCAAAACAGCCAGUUGGGUUUGUAACCUUCGACAGUCGCACUGGAGCUGAAGCUGCGAAAAAUUCACUAAAUGGUAUCCGUUUUGACCCCGAAAGCCCUCAGACCCUGCGCUUAGAGUUUGCUAAAGCCAACACGAAGAUGGCAAAGAGUAAGCUGAUGGCCACACCGAACCCCACAAAUAUCCACCCUGCUCUAGGAGCUCACUUCAUUGCACGGGACCCAUAUGAUCUGACAGGGGCAGCACUGAUCCCAGCAUCUCCGGAUGCCUGGACUCCGUACCCUCUGUACACCACUGAGCUGACCCCGGGUCUCCCUCACGCAGCCUUCACUUACCCGGCGGCUGCUGCCGCUGCUGCAGCCCUCCACGCCCAGAUGCGCUGGUACCCUACUCCAUCUGAGACUUCCCAGCCUGGAUGGAAGUCCCGGCAGUUUUGUUAGAUAUUUAGCCUCUGGAAACCACACCUUUGUCCAGCUGAAGUGAGGUUUGCCAAGCUCUUCAUUAAUUUAAUCAGGUUUAUUUAAUGGACAAAUGUGCAUUACUAUAAACAAACAGUAUUUAUAUCUCCUCCCGAUUGUCUGUGGGGGGGGAGCCUGAGUUGAAACCAUCUUGCUGUCGACAAUCUGAGCUUUUCCUUGGCAACUAUUGCGGUACCAUCUUAGCACUUCAAAAUACAACCUCAUGCAAGCCUAGUGUCAAACUCCAUGGAUCAUAUUUGCUGAGGAAAAUUUGGCGAAUUGAAGCUACCGUUGUUAAGCUAGUCCUUCCAUGGGUCACCGCUGCUCCUGGGAGGUUUAGAAGCGUUAAGAGUCAUUGCAUGUUAGUCUUUUUGGCAUGAAUUUAGAACGCAGAGUUCUGUGUAUCCUAAUUUUCUUAGUGUUUGUGUUGCCUCGCUCUUCUUUGGCCUAGACAGCGAUAUGUUUUGUUUUCCCUGUAGAACCUUGGUCUUACCUCUGUGAAAGCUAGGCUGUUGUGUAAAUGGCUUAUCUCGCAUGGACCUUGUGAAUGCAUCCCUACGUUCUAUGACAACCCCAGUCUUUAUGAUCAUAUCAGUGUCUGUCAUUAUUUGAGCAAAGGAAAGUACAAAUAUUUUUGUACUUUUUGCGUAAUGUAUAUUUAUGCAUUUUUGUGCAACUAAAUAAUGAAACCUGUAUAAGUUGGAUGGAUUAGUCGUCUCUUGUGUUCUUGGUGUUACUUUAUGAACCUAUAAUCCUGUUGACGUAGUUUUAAAGAAGAAAAAAGUGCAAUUUGUUUAAAGGGGAAUGGAUAUCUGUCAAAAAUGGAAGUAUUCUGAAGGUGGCUUGUGCCAUUCUGCUAAAAUGAGAUUGCUGCAAAACGAUCUUUCAGAAUGUGAAACUGGACUACAAACGAAAAAGCGUGUUUAUUUUGGGCGGCCAUUUUGAAAUGGGAAGCAGGAAUAGAGUGAUGGAGGAAUUUAGUUUGUGGUUUAGAACAUGUUUGUCUUUGUAUCUGCUGUGCAUAAGAUGUAAAAAAUGUUCCCAUCUUAUGAAUAAAAGAAGUGAAUGCA